AUGGCGUCGUCUCUCCCCACCGAGCUCGGCAGUACCAUCCAGGCCGGCCAUAUCAGAAGACAUCCCGACCCUCGACAAGACAUUGCACCAUCAACCGCCGCCGACAAGAGGCAGCUAGUGGAUUUCCACAGCGCGAGACGCAGUGACAUCGAUAACGACGACGACGAUAUCCCGUACAGCGUCUUGCGUCCUCCAAAGAAGCACUACAACCUCCCACCCCUUCCAGACCUGCGAUUCGAGCAGAGCUAUCUCCACAGCAUCGCCUCAGCCGAUACGUGGUGGAAAGUAUUACUCAUUACAGCUAGGGAUCAGGUAUUGAUGCCCUUGGCUCAAGGUGUUCUUCUCAACUUGGCCUUGGUUGGAUGGCAGCAUUGGAACAAGAAUGCCAGAGUGCACGGUGACUCAAUAGGCAUUCGCCUGAGGAGGUGGUGGUAUGGAGUGAAUAAUUGGAAACUGCCUGCCCCUACUAAGAGACGGGUGUAG